UCUUCCUCUCCCUCACAACCAAAAUUCGAAGGGCCGCAAGAGCUCAUUGUGCAUGCCCUUCGUGAUGGCUAGCAACAGCCACCGGGCUGCUUUGAACGCUGGCUGAAAUAUGCCUUGAGUGCUGUGGCUAGGCAAUGCACGUGAUGGCGCGCCCUCCAGAAACUUGCUGAAGCUGAGAAAUCCUCGGAGGGGCAUUUCCCCUCAACACCACAACACCCGAUAACGCAAAUAAUCUAGUACCAUGACCCCAAAACCGCCCCAAGGCCACUUCAACGUCUUGUACUUUGCCACCGCCGGCUCGUACACGUCGAAGAAUGUCGAAGCCUUGCCGGCGCCGCUACCGCUGAAGAAACUUUUUAGCACCCUUGAGGAGCGGUACGAGGGCAUCCGGGCGAGCGUGCUGGACCACAGUCUCGUCACGAUAAACUUGACGUAUGUCGACGUAGAUGAUGCGGAAGAGGUCGUAAUACAGGAAGGCGACGAGGUUGCGAUUAUCCCUCCUGUUAGCUCGGGGUGACACCGGCAGCCCAAUAAAAGCAAUUCAACCA